CUUCUAUUCUUCCUUCUCUUUUCCCUCUUUCGCCUCUCUUUCUCUUUCUGAAGCAGUUUUCGAUAAGUUUAAAUUAUGUUUCGAUUGGUUGAGUCCGGAAUAAGGAGAAUUUCAGAUGAAUUUUUCUAAAAUUCAAAAUUCUGCUGCAUAAUUGGAGUUUUAUAGUUGCGAAUCGUUGUGUUAAGAUUCCAGUUGUUCAGCUAUUUCGAAAAUUUCUGAUGCUUGUUGCGUGUAUUCAAAGUAUUGGUAAUUCAACUCUUGAGUUUCCUAACUCUGAUUUGGUUUGGCUGGAAUUCCCUUGGAAUCUAUAAGUUUUGUGCGUUAAAACUCUAAGUGAGCCUCGUGGGGUGGUUUUACUGAUAAAUCUUGUUUAUUUUUAAGUUGCAUCCGAACUGUUUGAUUGUUGGACUCAAAGAACAUUGGUGGACUCAAAACAACUGGUACGAAUAGAAGUCACGGAGUCUUCUGGGGUUGGCUCAAUUGCGUUUUCCGGCAAAGUUCCCUCCUUUCUUAUGUCUGUCACGGUUUUCGGGUGAUUUUGUGGAUGAGAUACAGAGAAUGUGGAAGAUAUUCUCGACCAAGUCAUUAAACAUAUGUCUUGUUUCACUUUGUAGAGUAAAACAGUUGAAGAAAGCGGAAUUAGUGUUAAUUGAUGGUAUAAAAUUAGGUAUACUUCCAGAUGUGGUUACUUACAACACUCUGAUUGCUGGUUACUGCCGUCUACUUGGCAUUGAUACUGGUUAUUCAAUUAUUGGUAGAAUGAAGGAAGCUGGUAUUCAUCCAGAUAUUAUUACAUACAACACUUUGUUAUCAAGUGCAUGUAGAAGCAGAUUGGUGUCCCGAUGCCUAGAUUUAUUUGAAGAAAUGCUUGAAGAGGGUAUUUUUCCUGAUAUUCGUAGUUAUAAUAUACUGAUGCAUUGCUUUCUCAAGUCAGGAAAACCAGAUGAGGCUUACAAUGUCUUUAAGGAUAUAUUUUUGAAGGAGAUUACCCCUUCUCCAGGAACAUAUAACAUUAUGAUCAAUGGGCUUUGCAAGAAUGGUUAUGUGGAUAAUGCCCUCAGGCUACUUAGGACUCUGCAACGUAAUGGGUUCACUCCUGGUGUAGUUACCUAUAACAUUCUCAUUGACGGGCUAAGCAAGUCAAGAAAACAUAGAAGAGCUAGAGGGCUUCUGAAAGAAAUGCUAGAAGCCGGCCAAAGUCCAAAUGCUAUUACUUAUACCUCAGUGAUGAAAUCUUGCUUCAAGAAUGGGAUGCUCGAAGAAGGACUUGAGAUUUUCUCAGAGAUGCAGAAGAAAGGAUAUACUUUUGAUGGUUUCGCUUACUGCACAGUAACUGGCGCUUUACUUAAAGGAGGAAAAGUAAAGGAGGCUAAUGAAUGCAUUGGGAAUAUGUUCAAAGUUGGCAUUGAUCUAGACAUGGUAUGUUUCAAUACCCUGGUUAAUAUUUAUUGCAAAGAAGGAAAGUUUGAAGAUGCCUUGAAGUUGUUGGGUGAGGCAGAAGAGAGGGGGUUGCAAUGUGACGAUUAUACACACUCUAUUUUGAUUGAUGGGCUGUGCAAAGUAGGUUGUAUAAAGUUGGCACAGAAAUAUUUGAAAAACAUGAAAAUGUUGGGUUUAGAGACUAAUUUGGUUGCUAUGAAUUCUUUUAUUGAUGGAGUGUGUAAACAUGGUCACAUUGAUCAUGCAUUGCAGGUCUUUGAGUCCAUGAAAGUAAAAGAUGCUUUUACUUAUUCCUCCAUCGUUCGUGGACUUUGCAGAGCUGAGAGGUAUAAACUAGCUGCUAAGCUACUCCAUUCUUGUGUUACGAAGGGAGCUCAAAUCCUUAGGUCUGAUAAGAAGGCUGUUAUGCGCGGUCUUCGCUAUUCAGGAUCUCUAGCUGAAGCCAAGAAAUUUCAGAAAAAUAUCCGGUUGGCUAAGAUUUUGUAUUAUUAACGUGGCCCUGGUGAUGCAUUUACCAAAACUAAAGAUUAGAGAGUAGUUGAUAUUGAAGUCAAUUUGCAGUCAUUUGUUGAAAGGUGUUGGAGCAAUGGUACUGAUUAAAAUGUGUAUUCACGUGAUGGAAGAAAGGUACUCAGAUGGCGUCUGUCUCUUUGACUAGUGAAUCGGGAAUUGGACCAUUCUCCCUGAUCAUACCAAAGGGAAAGUUGCUCAUAUCGAAAUGAUGCUGCUAACAGAUGGACUCCUUCAAGGCUUGAACGGUUGAACCCAACACAGGAGGUGACAUUCUAUUCAGCAAUACGCAUGCAUUGAAGUGGAUGAAGAAUUGGGAAUUUACAAUCCUCCGGAUUUUGGUUUAUCCUCCAGCGAAGAGUACACUGUACAUCCACAAUGUGCUUGACAAACAUCUGAUGACAUCCUGCCUGUCGCUGUAGGAUGAUGAAUCCAUCACGAAUCUAGUUAUAUACAAGUUUUCAUAACCUCCGGGAGUGAACGUUUUGAAUUAACUGAAGCUGGUGAUAUUCUAGAAACCGACGAAAGCUACGAAACCGGUGAGACCAGACGAUCUCAUUCCAAGUCCAGAAGGCGGAAAAUUCGGAUGCCACCACCAACGGCGGCAAAACCAAAAUUUAGGACAAGGAGGGGAUUCUACCGAACCAGCAGACGUUGAUCUUUCGUUCAUGUUUUCAAUUUUUUUAAUAUAACAAUCUCAAUUACAAUCAAUUGGUGUUUUUUUUGCGUUAUAUUCAUUGUGAUGAUCAUAUACUCCCUCCGUACCAUAAUUAUUGUCCACUUUGUCUAAAAAAUUUUGUCCCAAAAUUAUUGUCCAAUUUGACUUUUUAUGGAUUAAGUUAUACAUUUGCCCUUAAUAAAAAACAUUAUCCAUAAAAUCUUUGUGGUUAAACAAUUACUUAUGUAGGGGUAUAUCUGGUUGUUUAAGGUAAAAUAUUGUUAAGUUUGACAAAAAAUAAAAUCUUUCAUUUUACUGAAACUGGACAAUAAUUAUGGGACGGAAGGAGUAACAUUUUUCAAUUUUUCUUUUUUAAUUCUCUUACAAGGAAAGAGUCUGUGAUCUAGGAAAAUCAAUAAUCUUACCGGUAAAUACAUGUAUUUUAUACUCUUUUCAUAUUGAAUCAUACAUUGCGAAUUAAUUUUUUUUUUUUUUACUUAUUUUAUCUAUCUACGAAUGAUAAAUUUCUUUGCUGUUUUACGAAUUGUAAAUUUUCUUUUGAUAAUGAAACGUUGGAUCGUAUCAUGUACUCAUGUUAGAUUCACUAUUAUUAAUGAUCUCUAGCACUAGCGACUAGUAUACACGCUAUACAGCAUUGGGUCAAUUAAAUUUCAGUUUCAUAUUGUUUUGCAGGAUUUAUUAAAAACUUGUAUUUUCUUCUUUCAACUUGUAUUUCAAUCACUAGAAACGGGCCUCCACAAAC